GAACAAAAAAUAAGUUGGUAUAAAUCCCUGUUACAAUUUCUUUCAAUCCUGCUUACGACGAUGUAAAUUCGAACAUGUGUUUCGAUUUACAACUGUGGCCUUGUUCAGCACUUUCUCGCUCGUAGAGGAUGAUUAUUUUCUGACCGAUUUGCUAAUGAUGCAGGAACUGUCGGAUGAAAGUAGUAUCGCCGAUUCGUACAGUGUGGGAAGUUUAGGUGACAGUGCAGAGGAUUUGCUGGAAUAUGAGAACAAAAAAUAUUCACACCUUUGCAUAGUGACUUAUUGGACGAAAGAGAAGGUCGUGUGUGCCUUAGAUCUCUCUUAUAUUGGACAAGACUGCUAUGCCAUUCCAAGUAUUUUAGGCAAAAUUUACGGAAGUCAGACACGUAGACUAGACUUAAGUUUUAACUCAAUUAGGUCUUUAGAAAAUGUCCAACUGUUUCCUGUUCUGGAAGAGCUGAUUUUAGACAACAAUGACCUGAAUGAUUUAGUCUCUUUCAUUCCACUGCCUCACCUUCACACCCUAUCACUUAACAAGAAUCAUUUUUUAGAUUUAGAAACCCUUCUUAAACAGUUGACUCGCUGUUAUCCAGAAUUGACGUACCUGAGUUUGCUUGGGAAUCCGGCCUGUCCAGAUCAACUUUCCAAUUUGGAAAAAGAUGACGAAGAUUAUCAAAGAUAUAGGUAUUAUAUUGUGCACAAUAUUCCGAAGUUGAAGUUCCUAGACUCGACGCCUGUAAAAGUAUUCGAAAAGACAGAAGCUCAAAGGAUUGGCGCAUACAUGAAAGUAUCUCGACCAAGAAUAGAUGUUGCUCAAGAAGCUAGUGCCGAAGCUGAUGCACCACGUUAUUCACCACUUCCACCCACUACAAAACCCGGUGGAACGCAUAGAGGUUCCUUUGGCAGAUUAAAACAACGGUAUACUGGAACACAGUCUGAAGGAAACAGAUUUAUUCGGGAUAAUGAACUUUAAAAACAUUUGAAAAGCUUGUAAAUUAAGCCUUGAAUCAAGAAGGUUCAUAUUAUUGGAGUCAAGGUGAAAAGGCACCUGCACGAAUUCCACUAUUGUUCUCUUUAUAACACAAAAUUCUUAGCAAUGCAAUCAUAUAUUAAUAUAAAAUUAACUACACAUUUUGAAACAUUUACUUCAAGAAAUUUAUAAGUACUAAAAUUAUUCAAAAUAUGAUGCAUUUCUUUUAGGAUACAAGCCUUUAAAAUUUAAUCAAUAUUCAUGAAAUAACUUCAUGUCAGUUUUCACUGUAAUGGCAACUGAUACCAUUUUGAAGAUCAAAAAAAGUUAUGGUGUACCAUAAAAAAAGUCUACAAAAUGAGUCCCGUCUAUUACUUUUUUGAUAAACUUGCUCUAUUAUUUUGUGUUGUGUUUGUAUUUUUUAAUUAACUAUCAAUUUUUUCAAUGUAAAUAUUUACAAAGAAAAAACUGAAAUUUAUAAAUAUUUAACUCAAUAUUCAAAUGUUCAGCUAAAACCCAAUGUAUUCAAUUCUAGUCAAAAGACGAGUUCAAUAUCUUUUUUCAAAAACUCAAUUAUACCUUUUUACACUGAAACUGUCACCUUUUUUCUUGUAAGUUUUUGGUUUCUAAAAUAAAAUAAAAACCUGUUAAGAUAUUUGUACCAUUUAACAAAUGUAAUAAAAAAUUAUUUUAUCAUAA